GUUGUAAACGCGUCACAAUUGUCUGAGUCAAAAAGGAGGCAUACGAGAGCUUAUUUGCUUAGUGUGUAGUCACAACUUAGAAUAAGGUAGUCGUCCAUUUCUUUCGCAGCACGGUUCUGUCAAAACAGUUCUUACUUGCUUUGUUCUACUUUCGCGAAAAAGACAGACGAAAAUACGACAGAGUCGCGUCCACAAAAACAUCACGAAAAGCAAAACAAUACAAUACAUCUCUGUACAACCAAUAGCCAAAAUGGGUGCCGCUUCAGCGAUCUUGAUGGUGAUUAUCACCAUCAUCUUCCCACCUCUCGGAGUCUGGAUGGUAGCCGGCUGCGGCGCCGACCUUCUUGUCAACAUCUGCCUGACGAUCCUAGGGUACAUCCCCGGUCACCUGCACGCGUUCUAUCUCGAGUACGUCUACUACGAUCGCCGUGAGCAGGCGAGGGAGGGCCGCUUCCAUUCUGGUCGCGCGCCAGGCAUCUACAGCGAGAAUGUGCAGUCGGGCGGCGGUGGUUACGGAACCAUUGUCGAGCCUACUCGUUGAAAUGGGGCCAUGCGGCGGCAAGACGAAGUGUAGGUCGUGGCCGGGGCAGUGAUGCUAUAGGGCUUUCAAAUCAUGGUACGGAUUUCUGGGCCAAACGGAAACUACAAUGGAUAAAGAUCACGGCGUUGUUUGGCACAGAAUUUAUAACUGUUGGGCACUGCUUGAUUAGGAACUGCACGGUUUGGAUUUGUUGGUCCUUGGCGAUGGAGACUAAUCUUAGUUUGAGCCUUCCAUGAUAUUUACAGUUCACCAAUAGGACAAUUGACUUUAAUGCGGGCGCAGUCUCUCGUCUUACGUACUUGCCUAGAGAAAAUAGC